AACGGCACACCAUGAUCCCCCUGCAAUAUCAUUUGAAAAGACUCACUGGUAUAAAAGGGUGUCUGUCUCCUGGUGUCUGCAUCAGUUUCAACUGAAUCGAUCUACUCAUCGCAGCCAACACCAUGAACGCUAUACUUAUUUUCACCAUCGUUGCUUUGGCUUCUCCCAUCUUCGCUGAAGAAGCUUUGGAGACGAAGAAGCACGAGAAGAGAGGUCUACUGGGCUUGGGUUAUGGCGGAUACGGUUUAGGUUAUGGUGGUCUCAACAGUUAUGGAGGUUCAGGAUACGGACAUGGAUAUCUUGGUGGUGCGGGAUAUGGUUUGGGUCAUGGAAUUGCAGCAGCACCAGCUCCGAUUUCCUAUAGCGCGCCAAUUUCCGCAUCUCACGGUUACAGCGCUCCGGUUAUUUCAGCCCCGAUACACGCUGGUUAUGGUGGUAUUGGCUUGGGUCAUGGUGGUAUUGGCCUAGGUCAUGGAUCAGGAUACGUACAUGGUUGGUGAACAGUUUAGGCAUGGAAAUAUCGGCCUGGUCAUUACCGCGGCUCGACUUCCCUCUUAAUGGAUCCGUCGAAGUAAAUUAAAUCAAUUUUCUUAUAUAUUUAUCUAACACAACCCUUAUCUGAUAAGUCUUUGUAUUUUUCCCUGUGUCUCUUUAAAUA